CGGCGGCGGCCCGGGAGGGGGCGCGGCCCGGGUAGACGAGACAGCCCCCUCCACGGAUGCAAGCAGAAGCGGCGGAUUUGCUUCCCUCGCAGCCUUUCCAGAAGCACGUCUACUACCCGCUCGCCAACGGUCCAGAGAGCCCGGUUGCCCCUACCGCCUCUGUCACCGCUGCAGCAGGCGCCGCAGGGGCAGCCGGCAUGGCUUGUGUGCCCCCUACCGCGUCUUCUGGACCCCUGCCCUUCUUCCAGUUCCGACCGCGGCUGGAAAGCGUGGACUGGAGGCGGCUGAGCGCAAUCGACGUGGACAAGGUGGCGGGGGCCGUGGACGUCCUCACUCUGCAGGAGAACAUCAUGAACAUUACCUUCUGUAAGCUGGAGGACGAAAAGUGUCCGCACUGCCAGUCGAGCGUGGACCCAGUGUUGCUGAAGCUCAUCCGCCUGGCGCAGCUCACCAUCGAGUAUUUGCUGCACUCGCAGGAAUUCCUCACCGCGCAGCUGCGCACGCUGGAGGAGCGGCUGCGCCUGAGCUUCCUCGACUGCGAGCAGAGUAAGAAGCUGGUCACCAAGCAGGCGGGGGAGAUCAAAUUACUCAAGGAUGAGUGUAAACGCAGGAAAAAGAUGAUCUCCAGCCAGCAGCUGAUGAUCGAGGCCAAAGCCAGCUAUUACCAGUGUCAUUUUUGUGACAAGGCUUUUAUGAACCAAGCUUUUCUACAAAGUCAUAUUCAGCGCCGCCAUCUUGAAGAGUCUCAUCUUGAGUAUAAGAAAAAGGCGCAGACCGAUAAGCUUCAGGAUGAGAUCAACACGCUCAAGGACCAGCUGCAGCUCACCAAGUCUCAGCUGGAGGCGGCGCAGCAUGCCCACGCCGUCAGAGUCUCUAAGGAAUAUGAAAUGCAGAAAACAAAAGAGGAAGAAUUUGUGAGGUUAUUUGAUAGAUGGAAAGAAGAAGAGAAGGAAAAACUAGUUGAUGAAAUGGAAAAAGUCAAGGAGAUGUUUAUGAAGGAAUUUAAAGAACUAACUUCCAAGAACUCAGCAUUAGAGUUUCAAUUGUCCGAAAUACAGAAGUCUAAUAUGCAGAUCCGGUCCAACAUAGGUACGUUAAAAGAUGCACAUGAGUUUAAGGAAGACCGUCCUCAGCAUCCCCAGGAUUUCCAGAGUGUGAUGCAACUUCUUGACAGCCAGGAAAGCAAGUGGACAGCUCGACUUCAAGCACUUCACCAAGAACACAAGAAAGAAAAGGGGCGGCUCCUGUCACAUAUAGAGAAACUUCGGACCUCAAUGAUCGACGAUCUCAAUGCCAGUAAUGUCUUCUACAAGAAGAGGAUAGAAGAGCUGGGGCUGAGACUCCAGGAGCAGAAUGAGCUGAUAAUCACUCAGCGGCAGCAGAUUAAAGACUUUGCCAGUAAACCACAAAACAGUGAACCUAAAGUGAGUGCCCCUGCAGCACAGACUUUGGAUGCUAAAUCAAGCCAAACAGUAGCACAUGAACAGGCAUUCUCGUCGCACAUGCUGGAACCAAUAGAAGAACUUUCAGAGGAAGAAAAAGGAAGAGAGAAUGAGCAGAGAUUAACUAACAAGAAGAUACAUUUAAGGAAAGCUUUGAGGAAUAAUCCUUCCCUCACUAAGGAAAUAAGAGCAGUUUUAGAACAGAGUUUGGUGGAGAAACUGGAGACCUUGGGGAUUGAUGCAGAGAUACGUGGUAUUCCAAGCGAUCACUUGAAUAGAGUGCUGAGAACUGUGGAAUCGGUGAGACAUGAGAGAGAACGACAAUUACCUAACAUUCAGCAAAUUCGAGAAGUCCUUGAACAUGAAGUUAGCUGUAAAAUUGAGGAGAGAACAUUACAGUUUUCAGAUAAGUACAUUGCUGCUCAGAUGGAUUCCCUUUCAACUGGAGAAAUUCCCAAAGCUGUACAACUUCCUCGGAAAAGCAGAAAUCUGGUUAGACAAAAACCUGUUUUUACUGAUAGGACAUCUGCUCCAAAAAUCAGGAAAAAUGUAGAAGAUAAUUUUCCCAGAAAGCCUCCAACUAUUACGACUCCCCCCUUUAGUUCUGAGGAGGAAUUGGAUGAUGACCACCUUGUACAGGCGUAUACAUCCCCAGACUUGCUUCCUCUGCAGCCGAAUAAAAACACCAAGAGUAGCUUUGGGAAAAACACUGCCAAAAGUGACACUGACUGGACAGAAGGAAGUGAAAUUGAGGACUCUGAUGUUUCUCCUAAGCCUGCAGGAACAUCUAUUAAAACACUAACUGAAAAAGUUGAAAGAACAGUGUCAAAUAACAGAAAUGUUAAUAAACCGGUUGGUGGAAUUAAUGUUGCUGAGGCGUUCAUCAAAAAAGAAUUACAAGAAGAACUAAAGUGUGCAGAUGUGGAUGAUGAUGACUGGGACAUCUCAUCCUCAGAGGAAGAAAAGUCUGUGGGGAAGAACGUGGAGAAAGAAAGGAAGGAACGUCCAGUUGUGAAGAAUGAACCAAAUUCUAUCCACAUAACAAAUGCCUGGGGUGCAUCAAAUCUUACUGUGCUGAAGGGAGAAGGCCUUCAAGAAAAUGAGUCAAGCACAUUAAAAAGCAGCUUAGUGACUGUGACUGAUUGGAGCGACUCUUCAGAUGUGUAA